AUGGAUUUGUACCACGGGAACAUUCGGGAACUCCUGCAGCUUGAGGAGGAGUUGAAUACUCUUCCGUGUAGCAUUGAGCGCAGCGCAAAGGUAAACCUGCUCAAGUUCCUUCAGGUCAAUGCGGUGGUCGAAUACGAGAGAGUUUCCACAGCCCUGUAUUUCGACCUCCGACGGGAUGCGGGAUUUCACGAGCUGUCCCUCGUUCCAGAGAAGAACCAUUUGGGACAUACCUGUAGCCAACCGAUGGAGGCAGGCUCCAUCGAGGAUUACCUUGUGCAAGCUGAAGAGGCCAAAGCUUGCCUGGAUAGGCUUAUCUACUCUAUCGCGACUCCGGGGGAUCCUAGGUGGGAAGGGAUACCUGCACCCAUCAAGAGCAAAGAAAGCGCAAGCCGGAAGGCCGAUAAGUUGGGGAACGCUCGCUUUGUGACGGACUUCGCGCGCGCUACGUUCGUCUGCAAAACCCCGCACGAUCUCGUGGAGGUCAUUGCACUGCUCACCGACGGGAUUGGUCAGGAGGACAAUCUUCUGCGCGUAUCCAACGGUUUCUUGCGCAACUACGGGCGGAACGGUUACAGGGACGUGAAGAUGAUCGUUCUCUUAGCAGGGCAUGCUUGCGAGAUCCAGCUACACCUCCGAUCAUUUUAUGGUCUCAAAGAUGGCCAGCAUGAGGUCUACGAGUGGUCCAGAACUCUCAAAGUGACCGCAGAAAUACGACCGGAGCACCUUUUCAAAGGCAUGCAGCCCGAGAUUCUUGAGUUGAUGAUACAACUCGCUGCAGCGGAUUGGCAUUCAACCAACCUUGCUCUCGUCCCGUUGCUUCAUAGAGCUGGAAAGUACGCCGAGGCCCGGGAUUUACAACUUCAAAUCGUGGCCUGCUCUCAAGAGCAAGAGCGUGAGGCCAAGCUCCGACACGGGCAAGACAGUAAGGAGUGGCAUGCAGCCGCCCAGGACCUUGCGACCGCACUGGCCACCCGCGCUGCUUUGCUCAAGACCGAGGGCAAGUACAGUGAAGCGGACUCCCUGCAUCAACAAGCUCUCAAUACCAGAAGCGAGUCUCUUGGACCAGUGCAUCCCCGUGUAGCCGCAAGCUUCAACGAUCGAGCUGGAGUGUGGGAAGCACAGGGCAAGUACGCCGAAGCGGAGCGUUUAUGUGCUAAGGCCAUGGAAAUUUUCGAGGAGACUCUGGGCUCCGGACAUCCAAAUGUGGCAUCAGCGGUAAACAACCGGGCUGCGUUAUUGCGAAUGCAGGGAAAGUACGCAGAGGCUGCGCCACUCUAUGAGCGCGCUCUGGCCGUCGAAGAAGCCGCUGUUGACCCUGAGAGUGCAAGUGUGGCUGUGACAAUCAACAACCAGGCACAGCUGAUGACAGUACAGGGAAAGUACGUCGAUGCGGAGCCUCUAUAUGACAAAGCCAUUGAGAUAUGGGAAGGGGCCUUCGGUCCUGAGCACCCGGUUGUGGCAACAGCUCUCAGCAACAAGGGGGGCUUGUUCGUGAUGCAGGACAAGCUCGGUGAAGCUGAACUCUUGUAUGCGCGCGCCAUGAACAUCUGGGAGAAGACCUUCGGUUCUCAUCAUCCAUCCGUGGCUGCAGUGCUGAGCGAUCGUGCCUCGAUACUGGUGAAGCAGGGCGAGUUUGAGAGAGCGAAGCAGAUGAACGAGCGCUCGUUGUCAAUCCGUGUGGUGGUUCAAGGCCCUCACCAUCCCGACGUUGCCCAUUCUCUCAACAAUCAAGCCAUGUCGUUGACUCUACAGGGGGAGUACGAGCAAGCGGAGCAACUCCAAAGAAGAGCCCUACACCUCUACGAGACAGCUUUGGGUCCACAACACCACUCGGUGGCAAUAGCUCUCAGUGUCUUAGGUUUGACGCUAACGGAUCAGGCUAAAUACGAUGAGGCUGAACCCUUGUACGCGAGGGCGAUUGAGAUUGGACAGCAGACACUGGGACCCAGUCACCCUGACCUGGCCACGUGGCUCUACAAUCUAGGGCAAAUAUUCAGCAAUCAGGCCAAGUACGACCAGGCACAGCCACUGCUCGAACAGGCGUUAUCCAUCAGACAGAACGCGCUCGGCGCAGAGCACACAAACACCAUCACAUCUCUUGGAGGGAUGGCCGACUUAUUCGUCAACCAAGGCCUCCUCGAGAAAGCGGCCCCAAUUCUGGAGCAAGUUGUCCACGCCCGUGAACGUGUUCAAGGAUGCGAACACCCAGACUUGGCUACAGCACUCAACAACUGGGCGUCAUUUUUGCAAGAUCAGGGUGAAUACGAGCAGGCAUACCCAUUGUAUCAACGGGCACUUGAGAUAGAUGAGAAGAUCUUCGGCCCCGACAACCCCGAGGUCGCGACCAAUCUCAACAAUAUUGCUACAUUGCUGGAGAAGCAGGGGCGGUUUGCAGAGGCUGACGCACACUCUCUGAGAGGCAUACAAAUUGACGAGAGAACUCUAGGCCCUGAUCACCCGUUCCUCGCGAAGAGUCUAACAGUACGGGCGAGAAUCAUGAGGGGUCAGGUCAAAUACAACGAAGCAGAGAGUUUGAUUGCUAGGGCGCUGGAGAUCGGCAGUAGGGCCCUAGACUCCUCCCAUCCCACCAUGGUUACAAUUUUGGGCGAACAAGAGGCGUUGCUGCGAGCACAGGGGAGGGCAACCGAGGGUGUCCAGCGUUUCGAGACGGCACCGGGAACAGCAACAUCCAGGAGAGCCGAAAACACAUCAUUGGCAAACCCAACCCACCAAGAAGACACCCAGAGUUCUAGCGGAGGAGGAUGCGGCCGAGUGGCUGAUGGAGCACGGGGACCCUGCUAAGCCUGUAGUGAGCUUUAUUGCUGGCUCCACGGCUCCCCCGGCGAGGCACAUGGGGCAUGCGGCCCCUAGGUUCUCAGGCGGCAAGGGCACGACUGCCCGUAAGCGGGGAUUCUGAGCAUUGGAUGCCCCACUGUGCGACACACGUGGCAUCUCAGUAAAUCCGACAAUGUUGGAUGGGGCACUUGUAAUCACACAUGUAAUGCCAAGACGACGCGAUAUGCAUAUCGGCGCGACA